UGAAUGAAGUGGAAGUGGUUCCCUCGCCCCCGCGCUCGCCGCCCCUGCCUGGCGCGGCCCGCCCUCCGCGGCGCCCAGACCGCGGCCCGCAGCCUGCUCGCCGCCCGCUGCCCGGGACCCUGGCGUGCAUCUCCCCGCGACGAGGACCCCGCUUCGCGGACCGCGAUGGCCAGGCGCAGCUCGCUGUCCAUCCGUAUCGUGGAGGGGAAGAACCUGCCCGCCAAGGACAUCACUGGCAGCAGUGACCCCUACUGCCUUGUGAAGGUGGACAAUGAGCCGGUCAUCAGGACAGCCACUGUGUGGAAGACCCUGUGCCCCUUCUGGGGUGAGGAGUAUCAAGUGCACCUGCCGCCCACCUUCCACACAGUGGCCUUCUACGUCAUGGACGAGGAUGCCCUCAGCCGAGACGAUGUGAUUGGGAAGGUCUGCUUUACCAGGGACACCCUGGCCAGUCACCCCAAGGGUUUCAGCGGGUGGGUCCACCUGACCGAGGUCGACCCUGAUGAGGAAGUGCAGGGCGAGAUCCACCUGCGCCUGGAGGUGGUGACCGGGACGCGGGCCCACCGGCUGCGCUGCUCCGUGCUGGAGGCCAGGGACCUAGCUCCCAAGGACCGGAAUGGGGCAUCUGAUCCCUUUGUCCGAGUGCGCUACCGUGGCCGGACACAGGAGACCUCGAUUGUGAAGAAAUCACGCUAUCCACGCUGGAAUGAGAUAUUCGAGUUUGAGCUGGAGGAGGGGGCCCCAGAGGCACUGUGCGUGGAGGCCUGGGACUGGGACCUUGUCAGCCGCAAUGACUUCCUGGGCAAAGUGGUGUUCAAUGUCCAGAGACUGUGGGCAGUGCAGCAGGAGGAGGGCUGGUUCCGGCUGCAGCCCGACAAGUCCAAGAGUCGGCAGGAAGAGGGCAACCUGGGCUCCUUGCAGCUGGAGGUGCGGCUGCGGGAUGAGACAGUUCUGCCCUCUGGCUGCUACCAGCCCCUGGUGCAGCUGCUGUGCCAUGAGGUGAAGCUGGGCACCCAGGGCCCAGGGCAGCUGAUCCCACUCAUUGAGGAGACAACGAGCACCGAGUGCCGCCAGGACGUGGCCACCAGCCUGCUCAAGAUCUUCCUGGGGCAGGGACUGGCUAAAGACUUUCUGGACCUGCUCUUCCAGCUGGAGCUGGGCCGCACCAGUGAGGCCAACACCCUGUUCCGGAGCAACUCUCUGGCCUCAAAGUCCAUGGAGUCUUUUCUGAAGGUGCACCGGGCUGCACCGCCCACAGACCGAGGCCGAGGUGCUGGAGCACAGUGCGCAGACGCUGCGAGCCCACUUGGGGGCGCUGCUGAGCGCACUCAGUCGCUCGGUUCGCGCAUGCCCAGCCGUGGUCCGCGCCACCUUCCGCCAGCUCUUUCUACGCGUGCGCGAGCGCUUCCCCAGCGCCCAGCACGAGAACGUGCCGUUCAUCGCUGUCACCAGCUUCCUGUGCCUGCGCUUCUUCUCUCCCGCCAUCAUGGCGCCCAAGCUGUUCCACCUGCGGGAGCGGCACGCGGACGCCCGCACCAGCCGCACCCUGCUCCUGCUGGCCAAGGCCGUCCAGAACGUGGGCAACAUGGACACGCCGGCUUCCAGAGCCAAGGAGGCUUGGAUGGAGCCGUUGCAGCCCACCGUGCACCACGGGGUGGCCCAGCUGAAGGACUUCAUCACCAAGCUGGUGGACAUCGAGGAGAAGGAGGCAGAGCUGGACCUGCAGCAGGCACUGAGUUUGCAGGCACCGCCCUUGAAAGAAGGGCCUCUCUUCAUCCACAAGACCAAGGGCAAGGGUCCCCUCAUGUCCUCCUUCAAGAAGCUCCACUUCUCCCUCACCACGGAGGCCCUCAGUUUCGCCAAGACGCCCAACUCCAAGAAAAGCACCCUCAUCAAGUUAUCCAACAUCCGGGCAGCAGAAAAAGUGGAGGAGAAGAGCUUCGGCAGCUCACACAUCAUGCAGGUCAUCUAUACGGACGAUGCGGGCAGGCCCCAGACUGCCUACCUGCAGUGCAAGGUGUGGGCCAUUUGGAGGGGUGCCGAGGGGAAGAGUGCUGUGGAAAUCGUCCAGGUGGACUGGAGGGAGUCUCCCACCCCCUCAUCAGCCACGUCAGGCAAAGCAGUGCAGCGCAUGCACGUGUGGGGGGGCCUCUGUCUCUCCUGCACUCUGGGUACCUGGUGGGCCAUGUCUAUGUCUUCCCAUAGGCCUGCUGGGCACCUGCACAUAGACCUGUGUGUAGUCCAGUGUGUGGAUGGGAAUGUCCCUUGAUCCAGAGCUUUGCAGUGUACUAAUUUGUGGGAAACUACUUCCAAAGAUCUGAGCUGCUGCCUGUGUGUAUCACCACACAGCAGUCAAACGUUUGUGCCCAUGUGUGGCUCUGGGUGCAUGGUCUCAAGUCCCCUUCUCUUCUGUUCAUGCAUUCAUUCAUUCAUUCAUCUAAAAAGUAUUUAUUGAGCACCAACUGGGUUCCAGGCAUGAUUCAAAGUGGGGUGCAGUGGCAGGCAAAAUCAAGUCCUUGCCCUUGUGGAGCUUAUACCCCAGGGAGGAAGAUGGACUGAUAAAUAUUUAAAAUGUCCAGUGGGGAAGGGAACCCAAGGAGGCUAAGAGAGGGAGGGGACAGUGUGGAGUACAGAGGGAGGGUUGCUGCCCUAUAAAGGGCAGUCAUGGAGGGCCCCUGGCCGGGGGCAUUUACGCAGGAACAUUGUGAGGGAGGAAUCAUCCAGGGGAGGCAUACAUGGAACAGGGAGGCCAAAGUUUGGGGGGUGGGGGGCACUUGGCUUCUUCCCAGGAGUGACUGUCUGGGGUGGCCAGUAGAAGGUCACAGAUCUGAUCCAUGGGGUCCCACCCUCUAGGGACUCCCUAUUGGGUCCGAGCCCAGAGCCACAGGGAAACAAUGGUGACAGCAGGGCUACCACAUAUAGUUGUCAGGUUGUGGACUGCCAAGGGCACGUGAAGGCUGGGGUCCCAGUGGUAGGCAAAAUCUGGUCCAUUCUCUGCUCACCAAGCCAAGUGCCUGGCAUGGGCUGUGUUUGUCCAUCGGGAGACAGGGCAGCCUUUCCUAAUCCACUCGGAGCUGCUGAGUGGGCUGGCAGGGUCCUGUCACUCUGAGCGGCACAAUGGCUCCAGGGAGGAGGACUUCCUGAAGGUGGUGAGCCCUUCAGGGAGAGAUCAGUGCUCCCGUGCCC